ACUAGAGAUGGAUGGCAGACUCUUUACUUUGCUAUAUUUGAUCGUGAUAAAUACAAUCUCAGCAUGUGGCCAAGCAGUUAGUGAAGGGCUUUCUUGCUCAGAAAAUCAGCAGGCAUUUGAAAGCUCCUGCUAUGAGUUUGUGUCCCUCCAGCGCAGUUUUCUCAACGCUCAGGCUUGGUGUGAGCGGGACGGUGGGCACCUGGCCUUCAUCCAGAAUGAUGAAACCCAGCAGUUUCUACAAAAACACCUGCAGUCGGAGCAGGACUGGUGGAUAGGACUGGUGUCUACCUCCAUCAACCUCACUCGGGACUCGCAAGGUGUCUUGAUCUGGUUAGAUGGUUCAGAUGUGAGUUACUCAAACUGGCUCAGUGAGGCGAUGCUGGAGACUGGCUAUGGCUACAUCAACACAGACUCUGGAUUCCACUGGAAGACAACAAGCAACUCUAGUCAAGAAUUCUAUUUCAUCUGUGAAUUUGAAUUGGGACACUCCCUGUCCUGUACGGACAGCACUAUCCUGCACUGUGGCUCAGAUCAGGUGAUCGAGGUUGAUCAGAGCUACUAUGGCAGGAAGACAUCACAUUACUGCAGGAGUAACAUCUCCAGCUCCCUCACAGCUUCUCUGGAGGAGUGCAGCUGGGUCAGUGUGCUGGAUGAAGUAGCAGAGCUCUGUAACGGACAGCAGUUUUGCACGGCUGUGGCAGAUGUAUCAUCUUUUGGAGAGCCGUGUCCUGCGCUGGGAAGCUACCUGAUGGUGGAAUACCACUGCAAAGACAAACCCUCUCAUGUUAUCGUGGAAAGAUUUGCAGAUGCCGGUGGCGACGAUUCUUUUUUUGAGAAGUACUCUUUAAGUUUGAGACAGGACACUCACAAAAGGGUUAAAAGGGACGAUCCAGGUGAUGAAUGGAUUUGUUAUCCUGAUACAAAUAACAAAGGCAGUUUUACGGUCGAGUGCCCAUAUUGUGAUUCAAUUACUUAUCAUGACGAAAUCACACUGAGUAUUGCUACUAGCUGUUUAAACAAUAAAUGGUACUGGUAUGUGGAAGAUGGCAGUAAAAGGAACAAGUAUGGUAGAAAUGGCAAUAAUAGGAAAUACUGCCAAAACAAAAAGACCCUGAGACUAAAGGAAAAAAAUAAAAACAGUUUGGAAAUCAAAGCCAAGAAGAUUAGAUAUUUCAAGAAGGACGUCACCGUAGUGGUGUUUUGUGACACAAGUUAUGAGGAGAAAAUUAUUAAAUAUUCCGCAAUAAAGAUGGACAAGAAUCAGCUCAAGAACUCCAUCAAUGGUGAAUUGAAUCAACUUGGUGGAUCAGGUGACACAGAAGAGUUCAGAGAGGAUCUUCUUUCAGACAUAUGUGCAACUUUAGAAGAGCCACUCCAGCAGCAAACAGAAGUGCUGGACUUUGCUACUGUUUUGUCAAAAAUGACUGGAGAUAAGGACAAAGAGAACGCUGGUUGUGUUCUAGAUGUUCUCAGUAAAUCCCUCAAGUCCAUCAGUCUGGAAAACAUCACUGCACGAGCUGAAAUAGCCAACCUCCUCGUUGUGUCCUCGAGUCAAAUUCUCGCUGCCUUUGAUAAGGACAAAGAGAGCGACAUCUCUGAGUAUUUGCUCACGAUGGUGGACUCCGUGCAGUCAUUCCUGCUAACAAAUAAAACCCCUGAUCUGGAGCCCAUCAUCAUCUCCUCUCCUAAUGUCAAUAUUUACGUCAACAGGAUAUCGCCAGCUAACCUCCACAAAGAGCCCUUCCACGUUGAGAACAGUUUAGCUGGAUUCAAGCUUCCGAAUCUGGGCUCUGAUAUUCUGCCUGUUGAUGACCCAGUGGAUGUGAAAAUGACACAUUUUAAUAUUGAUCCAUGGAUUGAAGGUCAGACCAUUCAUAGCAUUGUGGCCGGUUUGUCCCUCUCCCAAACAAACGGCUCUGGCAUUCCUGUGGCAAACCUCACGGAGGAGAUUGAGAUCUUAUUACCCAGAAUCGACACAGCGGUGAACAGCUCCGUUAUAGAUCUGAGAAACUUCAGCACUUCGAUCAUCAAUAUAACCACCCCGAACAUAACUCUGGUUAUAAAGUUCAAACCCUCUGAAGAUUUAACACUUCUCUUACUGCUGGGUUAUGAGACCCAACCCACCAAUGAUAACAAUGUAGCCAAGGUUACACUUCCUCAACAAGGAAAUACACAAGAUGAAAGGUACACAUGGGUCCUGGGUCCCAGUGACAUGGCAGUAGAUGUGGGUGUUUAUAACCUUCUCAUACGACCUGUUGUUUCUCCGGGAGUGAAGUCUAUAAAUGCAUCAGUAACAAUCACAUCCAUUACUGCUCAGUGCAUUUUCUGGCAACAGACGAAAGCCAACUGGAGUGACUAUGGGUGUAGAGUUGGCCCUAAAACAACCCCCAAUAUUACACAGUGUCUGUGUACCCAUUUAACCUUUUUUGGGAGCAGUUUCUUUGUCAUGCCCAAUAUGGUAGAUGCGUCCAAGGCUGCUGAGCUGUUUUCCAACUUUGCAGAGAACCCAGUGGUAGUGUGCUUUAUUGUGGCAAUUUUCAUAGCUUACAUCUUGAUAGCGGCAUGGGCGCGCAGGAAGGACCUACAGGACACAACUAAGGUGAAGAUUACAAUGCUAGAGGACAAUGAUCCCUUUGCUGAGUACUGCUACUUGCUGAAGGUCAGCACUGGUCAUCGCAUGGGUUCCUCCACUUCAUCACGGGUCAUAGUGACUCUACAGGGUACGGAGGGAGAAUGUGAGCCCCAUCAUCUGACUGACCCUGAUAAGCCAGUGUUUGAAAGAGGAGGUGUGGACCUGUUCUUACUGACCACCCCCUUCCCUCUGGGAGAGCUGCAGAGCAUCAGACUGUGGCAUGACAACUCAGGGGACCAUCCUGCUUGGUAUGUUAACACGGUGAUGGUAGAAGACCUGCAGACUGAGCGAAAGUGGCACUUCCUGUGCAGUUCGUGGCUGGCUGUUGAUAUAGAUGAUUGUACUGUUGAAAAAGUGUUUCCUGUCGCUUCAGAGGAGGAAAUGAAAGGCUUCAGCAAUUUAUUCUUCAUGAAAACAACAACGGACUUCUGUGACGGUCACAUCUGGUACUCUGUGGUCAGUCGGCCCCCCAGCAGUAAUUUCACCCGUGUGCAGCGUGUCUCCUGCUGUUUCUCAGUGCUGCUUUGCUCCAUGUUGACCAGUAUCAUGUUCUUCGGGAUUCCCACAGACCCCUCAGAGCAGACCAUGGAUAUGGGUCCAAUUAAACUCACCUGGAGUGAGGUGAAGAUUGGCAUCCAGAGCUCCAUUAUUGUAUUCCCCGUCAACCUAGUAAUUGUGGGAAUCUUCAGACAUUCCCGUCCCCGGAAAAAGAAGACAAAGAAAGAAAAGAAGCAAAAACAGUCUGAGGCUGCUCAAAUGGAGAAAGACAUCCCGUAUGAGACAGCCUCUCCACUUUUUGAUCAAAACAAUUUAACUGUAGAUUUCCUCAUCCAAGACAUACAGAGAAUCACAUACUUGUUUGCAAAUGCCAUGAGAUGCCAUGUCCCAAAAACAGAGAAAAACAUAGACAAGGAAGACAUCAACACUUUGCUGUCACAGCUGCAGGACCUCAUCGAACAACAGCACUUGAUUCAGAAAAACAACACCUCCUCGGUUUUCUGGCCCUACACCCAUCAUCUCUCCAAACAACUUGAAAAUCUGGAGGGAGAAGUGAAGCUGAUGGGGCCUUCAGACUUCUCCAGGCCUGGGUGCUACAGUCAGGUGUUACUGCAGGUGCAGAGCAUGAAGAAACUGCUGGAAAGUCUCCGUUCCUCCAGACCCACUGAGCAGCGCAUCUGUAGCUCGAGGCCCAAGAAAGACAGCAGCAGGAAGGGUCUGCCCUGGUGGUGUGUGUAUGUGGGUUGGCUUCUUGUUGUGGCCACAAGUGUGAUAUCGGGGUUCUACACCAUGUUGUAUGGACUGAAAUACGGGAAGGAUCGCUCAAUCAGUUGGAUACUCUCUAUCGUGAUGUCCUUCACUGAGAGUCUCUUCUUCACCCAGCCUGUAAAAGUGCUUUGUUUAGCCAUUUUCUUUGCAUUGGUGGUGAAAAAAGUAAAUUCUGAGGAUGCAGAACUUAUAAAUACUUUGCGUAAGAAAACAUCCACUCGCUCAGAUGGUUUCAAUGGAGUGCAACUUUCUAAGAGGGACUGUACACGCAGCUACUAUCAGCCUCCACCUUCCAGUGAUAUUGAGAAGCUGAAGUCAAACAUGGUCAAACAGCAGAAAGCUCGCGCACUCAUCAUGGAGAUUCUAGUUUUUCUGGGGUUCUUGUGGAUGCUACUCUUGGUGGCAUAUGGUCAGCGAGAUGAAAAUGGAUUCUACCUCACUCAGCACAUCCGGCAGAGCUUCAGCAAAGGCAUUUCAGACAGCAUGGACCAGAGUGAUGUGUUUACUUGGGCUAACACUGUACUUCUUAAAAACCUGUUUGAAAAUCCUAAAGGCUUUAUAACAGAUGGAAACUCAAAGCUUGUUGGGGGUGCUCGUUUCCGUCAAGUUAGGGUGAAGAGAGACUCUUGUGAGAUUGCUAAGCCAGUGAAUCACGCUGUAUCUAACUGCAAUGCCCCUUACUCUUGGGAAAAUGAGGACAUGGGCACUUACGGUCCAGGCUGGGAUGAGUUGAAUUUUGUAAAUGGCUCUGCGGACACCAACACAGCUUGGCAGUACCAAAGCCAGUCUGCACUCAAAGCACUCCCCGUCUGGGGUAUGAUUGCACUUUAUAGAGGAGGAGGCUAUGUUAUGGACCUCGGUUCUGACAUGCAAAAUGCUAGCAGCAAGCUUCAAUAUCUUUUGGACUCCACCUGGUUGGAUAUGUACACUAGGGCAGUUUUUGCAGAGUUUACAGUGUACAAUGCUAAUGUCAACCUCUUCUGCAUUGUCACACUGAUACUAGAGAGCACUGCAGUGGGUGCAUUUCAGUUUCGCAGCCUGGUUCAGAGUGUCCGUCUCUACCAGUCCACAGGAGGCUUUCAAUCAUUUCUCAUGGCCUCUCAGGUCUUUUAUAUCCUCUUCGUCCUCUACUACAUGUUUUUGCAGGGAAAGCUGUUGAAGCGGCAGAAAUGGGCAUAUUUCAGAAACAAGUGGAAUCUGUUAGACCUGGCCAUCAUCAUUUUAAGUUGGAGUUCAUUGUCAGUUUUCAUCAAGAGAACAGUGCAAGGAGACAAAGACAUAGAAUACUACCAAAACCACAAAGAUCAGUUUCCAAGUUUCCAUGACACUGCUGUCUUAGAUGCUACUCUGGGAUAUCUCAUGGCUUUCUUGGUUCUUCUGGCCUGUGUAAAACUCUGGCAUCUGCUGAGACUCAACCCUAAACUUCACCUCAUCACCUCUUCACUGCAGCGGGCAUGGAACGACAUGUCCAGCUUCAUCGUAGUGAUCUUCAUCAUCCUCUUGGCCUAUUCACUUACCUGCAAUGUAAUAUUUGGAGGAAAGCUGUCCUCAUACAAAACCUUCCCAGAUGCGUUCAAAACCAUCUUCAGUUUGCAGUUUGGGAUCUUCAAUUACGAUGAGGUGCUGAGUUCUGACCCGGUGCUCGGUGCCAUCAUCAUUUCUACUUGCGUCAUCUUCGUCACAUUUGUGAUCCUGACCCUCUUCGUCUCAAUCAUCCUUGAGGCGUUCAGUGAAGAACAGGAGAAUCACAAGCCUUCUGAGGAAGAGGAGAUCGUUGACCUGAUGUUCGUGAAGAUCCUCAGUCUUUUUGGAAUCAAACGCAAGAAGACAGAAGAAGAAACUCGUAAUAGUGGCAAAACUACCUAGUCCUCAUCACUGGCACGUGCUCCUACAAGAGGACCGCUGACGACUUUCCUGCUCUAUCUGCCAUCUCGUCUUCAAAUACUUAGCACAAAAAAAAAAUGAAUAUCUGCAUCUCUGCUGAAGUUGAAUUGUUUCUACAAUGCACAUGGUUGUUUUGAUUACAUUUUAAUUUUCUUUUCAGAACAAGCUAAAUGUACCAUUUUAUUAAAGAGCAGUUUUUUCUGAAAUAUUCUCUUUUGUAAACUAGCAAGGAAACCCAUGUUUAGAUGAACACUUUGAAAACGUGCUCUUUGUAAACUUUUAACAGACUGUGAGCUUUGCAUGUAGUGAAC